AGCCGCGCGGCGGCUGGAAGCUAGAGUCCCAGGUGAGGGGCCGCAGGGAGGAGGCGGGCGGGCUGCUCUAGCGCACGGACGGAUGCGGCUGCCCGCGGAGGGCGCCCACCUGAGCCCCGGCCCCCGCUCCUGCUGUCGCCGCCGCUGCCCCUGCCACCCUGGGGCGGAUGCUGCCGCAGGCUGGCGCCUCCGCACCUCGGGGCUUAUGAGCUGUACCAGGGUUCUAGCGUGUUCCUCUAGCCCCGUGAUGGCCGUGGACAUCGAGUGCAGGUACAGCUGCAUGGCCCCCUCCUUGCGCAGAGAGCGGUUCGCCUUCCAGAUUGCCCCGAAGCCAAGCAAACCUCUGAGGCCUUGUAUUCAGCUGAGCAGCAAGAAUGAAGCCAGUGGGACGGUGGCCCCCACGGUCCAGGAGAAAAAGGUGAAGAAGCGGGUGUCCUUUGCCGACAACCAGGGGCUGGCCCUGACGAUGGUCAAGGUGUUCUCUGAGUUCGAUGACCCAUUAGAUAUUCCACUGAACAUCACCGAGCUCCUGGACAGCAUCGUGAGCCUGACCACAGCAGAGAGUGAGAGCUUUGUGUUGGAUUUCUCACAGCCGUCGGCAGACUACCUGGACUUCAGAAAUCGGCUUCAGACCGACCACGUGUGCCUGGAGAACUGCGUUCUGAAGGACAGGUCCAUUGCAGGCACCGUGAAGGUGCAGAACCUUGCAUUCGAGAAGACGGUCAAAGUCCGGAUGACCUUUGACACCUGGAAGAGCUUCACAGACUUUCCCUGUUGCUACGUGAAGGACACAUACGCGGGUUCAGACAAGGACACGUUCUCCUUUGACAUCAACUUGCCUGAGAAAAUUCAGUCUUACGAGAGGAUGGAGUUCGCCGUGUGCUACGAGUGCAAUGGACAGAUGUACUGGGACAGCAACAAAGGCAAAAACUAUAGGAUCAUCCGGGCAGAGCUGCAGUCUACCCAAGGAACAGCCCAGCCGCCAAACGGACCAGAUUUUGAAAUAGCCUUUGACCAGUUUGGAAGCCCCCGAUGUUCCUACGGUCUGUUUCCGGAGUGGCCUAGUUAUUUAGGAUACGAGAAGCUUGGGCCGUACUACUAGUGACAGCCUGAGAUGGAGCCGGGCUCAGUGGGCGCAGAUGAGCCAAGCUGCAGUCAUCCUGGGGUGGAGAUGGAAGCCCAGAGAAAAGCUGAACUGCCAUCAGACACAGUUUUGAAAAUAAUGGAUCCUAGUCACUUUUCUCCUUCAGUCAACCAAGACAGCCAGGUUUAGAUCACAGAACUGGGUUCACGCUUGGAGGAGAUGGCUGUGCUGGUCCGUUUGGCAAUGAGGGUCUGAGCAGGAUGAUGCUUUAAAGGGUCUGGACAGGACCCGGGCUUGUGGGCAGCCCUGGCCGGGCCAGAGGAUGUUGGCUCAAUGAUAAGGAGUCCCUCUCCUCUCGGGUGUGGGAAGUCAGUCCCCUGGCAAGUCCUCGGUCCUCCCGUGUCCCCUCUUCUGGGGGUCUUCGCCGCCCAGCCAGGGCCUUCUCGCCUGUUGCAGCUGCCCUGUGUCUACAUGGGCUUCACACUGUAUCUUUGCAUUUUUGUGCACUUGGUUUUCUUCCACAGUUCAGCUGAUGUUCAGGAAAAGAUGAUACAGACCGAUCAACUUGUGAUGGAGACGGGCAUUUCCUCUUUCUGACCCCGCGUUGACAGCCCAGCAGAGGACGACACACCAGCUAUGGGAAGUCAGCUGGUUCCUGGGUGGUGUCACCAGCGGUGCACUAGGCUGAUGCAGGCAGGACAGGCAUGAGUGGGACAUGAGCUUCUCCUCUUGGCUUUAGGGGAGCUUUCUAGGCCCUCACUCUUACCCUGAGUAACCGGACAGCUUGGUUACAAGACUUGUUGUAACUUGCUCAGCUGACUUGCCCGUCUCUUUCUUCACAAAAGGAUUUUAGAAUCUCUUUUCCUGGAGAGUCAUCAUUUAUGCCGUGUUUGGGAUGUUUGGAUUUGCAGAUUCAAUAUAUCCUCCACACCUCCAGAAAACAUUUGGUUGUAUUUUUACUGUGAUUUACAACAGCCACGUUGUAAACAACAUUUUACCAGCCCCCACGGACUUUGAUAUGGUUGUUCUUAUUUAUGGUGUGUGGGUGUGGAAAGGGAUGGGGAAGAAAACCUCACCAAGUUCUCAGAUUUGAUUUUUAUUGUUUGCCAGCUCUGAAAUAUCAUAGACUCAUUGUUCUUAACCAUAUUGGACUAAAGCAUUACAAGUCUGUUGGUUCACACUGUUGUGAAAUUCGUGGGACUUUCCUUGUCCAAUGGAUCCCCAAACCCUGUGAUUUUUCUUGGACAAGAUUCAUUGGUACUUGGGAAUGUUUAAAAAGUACUUUUAUAUGUGUAUUUGUAGAAGGUUUGGGUUUUGUUUUUAUUUUUGGAACUUAAUUAAAGGACCGCCUCGUUUUUCUUCUGCCUGAUCUUACUAAAGUGAGGUCUUCCUAAGGGGAGGCAGGAGAUGGGGUGCCCCACUCCCUAGAUCUGGGGACACAGACCCUGGACUCUCAAGCAAAGAGUCUUCUUUUGCUUGCAUUCUCCAGAUCGGUUAGAAGAGACCUCCUGCUUUCUGUGGCUUUUGUAAAUCAGCAUUGAGCAGAUCUCAAGUGUCUUGGCUCCUAGAGUUUUGUGGUUGGGUUUUUUUUUUCUUUUCUUUUUCGAACUUUAAAAUGUUUUGAUUUUUUAAAAUGCUCUUAAGUGGUGUUCCACAGAGUUCUUAUCCCUAAAACUGGCUGUGAUUAGUCUGCAACCUAGUGCCUUAUUUUUUAUGUCUCUCCCAGGUGGCCAGCACUGGGGGAUUACAUACUAAUGUAAUUUAAGGGACAAUCACAUUUUUUUCUUAUGCCGACAUUGGGCAGAACUGGGUUUUAUCUAAGCAUGUCUUACAUCCGGUACACAGACAAGAUUCUCUAUGUUACAAAUCUGGUGAUCAGAAUUGUUAUACAAGAGUGUAAAUCUACACCAUUUGGAAGCAAACCUAAUUCUAUACGGGUCAUGAAUUUAUUUUGCUUUAAGAAGUCCCUUCCCUCCUCCUGCAAUUUAUGGAAGGUACAAAGUGUACUGUCAUUUCCUUAUGACCAGAUCCUUCUCUGUUAGUAAGAAAAAUGCCUCAAGUGACUUCUGUAUGGUUUUAAGUCAUUGUGAUCUGAAGGCAUUCCCAUGUCAAAAUUUGAAAUACGGUAAUUCAGUGAUAAGUAUCUCUUUCAAAACGACCACAAACCCUCCCCCUACCCUUCUUUCCUCCCAGCUUAUCCCAGCUUUUCUGCUGGGGGCACUGGUUGCAAACCCCCUCACCAGUGCACCUGGGUUGCUCACCCCACUGGGCAAGUCCUUACCUGCUGGCAAAGAAAGACCCUUCUCUGACUAAAGCAAGUGCCUGCCCGAGCUCCCUGGCAGCACUGUCAGGCAGUGAGGUUUCAGCCUCUGAAGAGCACUGUCUCCUCUUUACCAGUCAGUCUGUCUCCUCUUGGGCUUCCCACAUGGCGCAGGUGAUGAGGAACCCACCUGCUAAUGCAGAGAACUUAAGAGAAGCUUGAUCCCUGGGUUGGGAAGAUCCCUUGGAGAAGGGUGCGGCCAACCCACUCCAGGGUUUUUGCCUGGAGAGUCCCACAGACAGAGGAGCUUGGCGGUCUACAGUCCAUAGAGUCGUAAAGAGUUGGACACUACUGAAGUGAUUUAGCACGCACACAUGCUGUCUGCUUUGGGGCCAGUUCUCUUCCAGGAUAUCAACAGCUGGCCUCAGGACCUGCUCCCAGGGGCUCUCUCCUUGGUUCCUAACUCACCAGCAGGAAUAUGUCUGCACACUUCAGAAAGGGACAGGUUUCUUAUCUGGAGACAUGACUGCAGCUCAGCUGUCCAGGGGCGGGGAGGCAGCUUCAUUUCUGUUUCAUAUUUAUUCCCCCAUGUGUCCUGGGGAGUGUUUGCAAAUUAGGUGCAAUAAAUAAACUAGGUGCUCUAAAGAUAGAUUUUAUACAAUAAGCUUUCAGUGUUUCUUGGAAGAUGGCAGCAUUUGGGCAAGAUUGUUUUUUUCCUCAAGUGUUCUUGUUACAGGUGAGAAACAGUGAAGUUACAUAGUUCUCCAGAGAUUAAAACAACUUCAGAGUCAAGGUAGGGUGUAUUUUCUAAGGUUAAAUCUGAACGGUGGCAAAACAUUACUCUUUCAAUGUUUUCUGAAGAUGUAAAUUUUAAACUGCUAAAAGAAUGUUUUGUGGUUUUGAUCUUUGCCUAUAAUUUGACAUUUUUAAAAACAAGCGUUACUUGUAGCCACUGGGAUACUAAAUGACUUCUAUAUAUAUAUGUGUGUGUGUGUGUGUGUAAACGCCCCAAAAGUAUUUGCUCACUUUUCAGAAGUUCUGUGGGCUAGGGUUUCCCUCUCAAUGGACAGUGAGUGAAAACUUCAGUGUCCUUCCUUCAAAGCCCUUGACUGGAUGUGAUUUGCUAGAGAAAGCACCAUGGCUUCUGCCCUGGGAGGUCCUGACGUCCUCAUCUCUCCUGAAAUGACCACAGACAUUGGGGCUAAGAUGUUAUACUUACAAUGUGAUCUCUCAGCUCAUCUGAAGACACUUUGCCAGCAUAUCUUCACCUCCUGAAGUGGGACGCAUCUGAACGGGAAGGACAGACAGCUGUGAAGAUGGGCAGCUUUUCCUUGUUAGGGUUGUAAAGCACUGGGGCGCAAGUUGUAAAGCUGUGGAUGCGUUGAGUCCUGUUUAUCAGUUUCUAGAGUCGGCUGGACCUGUGAGGACUCCAAGAACACAGCUGUGAUGGUGGCAGUCCACUCUUCUAUGUGAAUGUAGAACCGGAGACUCAACUUCAUUUUCAUGCCUGAAAGUGCCUUGUCGAGAAAGUUCCACAGGUUUUUAAAAAAAAAUACAUAUUUUUGUACACAAAGGGGAAAUGCACUUUAAAAAUCACAAGAAUGGAUGCCUUGUGUGUGGUAUAAGAGAGUGGUUUGUUUGGAUCUCAAAUGCAAAAAUGUAAUAAAGGUAGAAAACCCCAAA